AUGACGGUGGAGCUGGAGAUCGCCUUCGGCGUCGUCAGCCUCAUGGUCGUCGUCACCGUGGCCUUCCUGCUGCAGAAGUGCGCCCGCAGCGCCGCUCCCGCGAUGGCCGCGGCGGCGGCGGCGGCGCGCGCCAGCUGGGCCGACGCGGGGGAGGUGGACGCCGCCGUGGCCGUGGUCGUGGAUGUCGAGGCCGGCCUCGACGAGGCCGCGCUCACGGCGCUGCCCAAGGUGGUGUACGGCGACAGCGGCGAGGACGAGGAAGCGAGGAAGACUACGACGACGACCACGACCGCCACCGAGACGACGGCGUGCUGCGCGGUGUGCCUGGGAGCGUACGCCAGCGGGGACGUGCUCCGCGUGCUGCCCGAGUGCGCGCACGCCUUCCACCAGCUGUGCGUCGACCGGUGGCUGCGGCUGCGCCCGACGUGCCCCGUCUGCCGCUCGCCGCCGGUGCCCAGGCCCAGCCCUGCCGCGACGCCGCUCGGUGCACCCGCCCAGCUCUGA